AUGGUGGCAAAUGAAUGUCCACCAAACGAAGAGUAUCUGCUCUGCGGGUCUGCUUGUCCCUUCAACUGCACGGACCCUGUGGAGCCGAUCACUUGUGGGGAAGACUGCGUGGAAGGAUGCUUCUGCAAGUCAGGGUUCCUGAGGGAUGUCAACGGGACGUGUGUGAACGCUGGUCAGUGUAUCGGUGCUAAGAACCAAUCCUGCGGCCCGAACGAAGAGUUCCUGUCAUGCGGGACAGCCUGUCCUCUCACGUGUAAGCAGCCGGAGCCUCUCACCUGCGGCCUAGCCUGCAGCAUGGGCUGCUUCUGCAAAUCAGGAUACGUCAGAGACACUGCCAAUAACCAGUGCGUGACCCUGGAUAAAUGUCCUAUUGAACAAUGCUUCAACGAAAACGAAGUAUACGAUCUCUGCAACGCAACGUGCGAGCCGUCAUGCGAGGACCCGGAGCCAAUUUGCACCAACAUUUGCAGUGCAGGUUGCGUGUGCGCACCGGGACUCCUGCGCAAUGGCACCGAGUGCAUCAGUGUUGACAAGUGUCCGGCUAGUAAUGGUACCGACCCUGGUCUUUUGGGGAAGUAUUUGAAUGUUAUAAACAGGAUUUUGCACCUGACCACAACCACUGCUUAG